GACAGCCACACGUGCGUAUAAAAAGCCACAAAUCAUUGUCUUCAUCUUCAAGCUCCUCCCAUGUCUCUCCUCUCAGUCCCAAAGCGCCUCCUUUUGGGGUCGUCUCUCGCAGUCUCAAUACAUAACCAAACCAGAAAACUAAGAAGACCCUUUUGUUUCAAUAUGUCAUCCGAGUCAUCUCAGCCCCUGACUCACUCACUCACCUUGCCAACACAACUCGGUCAACCCAUUCAAAUCAUUGCUGCACCGGGUGUCUCUGAUUCUCAGUUCAGGACUGCUAUUGAAUCUUCAUUAUUCAAGCAGUGGCUAAAAAACUUGGAAUCUGAAAAUGGGAUAUUAGCUACUGGGUCAUUCUUAUUAAAACAAGUACUUGUUCAGGGAGUGGAUAUGUUUGGACAGCGAAUCGGUUUUCUAAAAUUCAAAGCAGAUAUUUUCGAAAAGGAGACUGGACAGAAGAUUCCAGGUAUAGUGUUCGCACGAGGACCUGCUGUGACUGUGUUAAUUCUUUUGAGCUCUGAGGGUGAGACCUAUGCUGUUCUGACUGAACAGGUUAGGGUACCCACAGGGAGGCUUGUUUUGGAAUUGCCUGCUGGGAUGCUGGAUGCUGACAAGGGUGAUUUUGUCGGGACAGCAGUUCGUGAGGUCGAAGAGGAGACUGGUAUUCACUUGAAGCUUGGAGACAUGGUUGACCUGACAGCCUUCCUGGACCCUUCUACUGGAGGCAGAGUUUUUCCUUCUCCUGGAGGAUGUGAUGAGGAAAUCAGCGUGUUCCUUUAUAGAGGAUGCGUUGGUAAAGAAAUUAUCACACAGCUGCAAGGAAAAGAGACUGGCCUCCGGGAAAACGGCGAGUUGAUCAAGGUUCGUGUAGUCCCAUACAAGGAACUCUGGCGUAUGACUGCUGAUGCUAAGGUUUUAAUGGCCAUUGCUCUAUAUGAGAUGGCUAAAGGAGGAGGACUCUUGCCUCUUAAAACCUAAUUUGCUGGCAGUGUAGAUCUGGAUUAACUGAUGGAAACACCAUCCCAUCAAUGAAUAAUUUAGACUACGAGAAUCUGUUUUGCAA